AUGGGCAGCGGUGCGUCAGCUGACCGACGAUACCCUGUGGGGAAUGCAAACCGUGAGGAGUUGUUCAACAUAGUGCAGGACUGCACCAUGUUCGCAGCCGCUUUGGACCUCAUGGACCUUCCAAAAGAGGACAUAUCGGAAUGCCGCAGGCAGCUCUUGUUGGAAGCCUUGGAGAUUAACAACAGCCAGGAAGAGAAUGGCAUCGGCCAAGCACAUGGGUCUGCAAGAGGAACAUCUUCAUCUUCAAAGAAGGAGAAGUCAGAUGAGAACAUGGCACGAGAGUUUGAUGAACUCAGAGCACUACAUCUGACCCUAAGGGAACGAUCUGCUGUGUUGGACAACACCGCGGACAUCAGCUACCAUGGGAGCAUCAAAACAGGUGCUCGCAGAUGCUACGCGUCCUUUCCUGGCAAAUACACAACAGGAUGGGAUGCCUUAAUCCAACAGUUAGCCGGAGACAGUGUUGGAUGUGUGUUCCUUUGCACGCCCAAAGAUGGCUUGGGCAAGCAUGAGGAAGAUCCAGAAGGUUCUGGAGAGUGCUACUGUGCAAGAAUCUACGGGCAAAGAGAAAAAUGGAAGAGUAAUGACAAGAGGGCACCGCAUGGAUGUUACUGGUAUCACAUUUGGCUCCAAAAAGUCACAGAAGCAGUGGCUCAAGGCCAAAAGCUUCAAGUAGUUUUUUUCCCCAAUGAGAAGGGACUUGGAAAAGUGAGGACGAUGGAAGAGCUGGCACGGGCGGAUUUGUGGGAUGACAUUGGAUGCGGAGCGUCCCAGAAAGCAGAGAUAGCAACUUUGGACCUUAUGAAGGAAAGAGAACCUGGUUCAGGCUGGGAGUAUGAUGAGGUCGACGUGGCACACUUUCUGCAGGAGCAAUUUCACAUCGGAACUCUGGUGGAUGCCUGGUAUGAAGAUGCGCGUGCAUGGCGCAGAGGGACUUUGUUGGAUAAACCAAAAUGGAUUACAAAAGACCCAGCUGAAACAAAAUGGCGGGUGAAGGCAAAGGAUGGAGAGUCUUUCGAGUCCCAACACGUGCGACAUGUCUCCGACUCUGUGCAGAAACUGUUGCAAUCUAUUGGCCGAUCUGUUCAGGCUGUGUCUAUUGAGGAGGAAGAUGGCUUGGAUGACUUGGUCUUGGGCAAGACUUCUGAAGCUAAAGAGAAGCUCUUUGAAGCGCUUGGCCAUGAUGCCUUGAGGAAAAUGAUGAAGGACGCUUUGCCUCCAGGCAUCGACGUUGGGGCAACUUCGGAGCAGCUCAGGUCACGCAGCGGAAUGCCAUCUGUGGCCAUUAGGAUUAAGAUGAAAACGGUUGAAGCUCUGCAGCAUCUCCGAGAUCAAGUCCUGAGUGGUGAUUUGGAAGUGAAGAUCAACAAAAAACUGGAAGAAAAACUGUGCAGUGAGCGUGUUCAGAUUGACAAGACACUGUUUUGCAAACUGAUGGAGCGAAGUUUGCUCAGUUUUUCGAAGCUGACGCCGCACCAGUCGGAAAAGUGCGAGCAACUCCGGCAAUUCUCCUUUGUGAACUUGUUGGCGCCUGCAGGCGCUGGGAAGACCUUUGUUGCCGUUCAGUACAUACUGGACAUUGUUCGCAAUGAAAGCACGGGUCGCGUUUUGUAUGUGGCUCCUUCCAAAUCGCUGGGGUAUUUUUUCUUGCAAUGGCUGGCCACAGUAUACACCUUAGAAGAUCCGCCCGAGGAUCGAUAUCGGAAGAUUGAAGAGCUUUUUGGCCGGGUAGUGCUGCUCCAUGAUCCCUACAACUACGGCCGAGUCCCACAGAUUCUUGGCAGCUCAAUUGGUUUCAGUGAUGACGGGCUGGCCAAGGAUCAGCAGUUUUUGAUUGCGGUCUAUGAUGAGGCGCAUCAAAUCUUCCGUCCAGGUCUCAGUCGCGAAUUCUCUCGUCCUCCAGCCCAGCGAACAUUGCUGUUGUCAGAUGAUUCCCAAUCCUUUUUGGACCACACUUUUACAGAGCAACAAGAUAUGGAAAAGUUGGAGAGAGUCACACUUGAUGAAGUGAUUCGAUGCUCCCAGCGUGUUGUGUCUGGUGCAGCGCCCUUCCUAUGCAGCGCGCAGUCCAGGAAGAACAUCAGAUGCUGUGGGCCGUCCGGGCCGCCUUUGAAGUCCUUCCUGUUUGAAGCAAGCGAUGCUGAUCGCUUCAAAGGAUACGCACGGCACACAGCGAACGCCAUUUUGUAUAUCACUCGCACCUAUCCCGGUCUCAGCCUCCACCGUCGUUUGGCACUUCUGGUCCCCAACGAGGAGUUCCUGGUGGAGUUCAAGAAACAUCUCAAGGAAGAAUUGAACAACAACUUGGGUCAUCGGAAGUUGUUGCUGAAGAAGAGUGAGGAUGCGAUGUGUUUUUUACAUGCAUACCUCUUGCCACAGGUUCAAGCAGAGGCAGAGGCCGAAGUCCUCAUUCUCGAUACCAUUCGCAAUGUGGCUGGUCUUGAGUACCUUUUUGCUGUAUCCAUCGGACUUGAUGCGAAGAUCGAGACCACGGACGCAGACCGUGUGAUCCGGGCUCAACUCUACCAAAGCAUUACCAGGGCACAGCUCCUGGCCAUGGUGGUGAAUGAGCUUGUGCCAGGAGGCUGGCUGGAGUUCCUUCACCUCCUUAGACUCAAAGAGGAGGAAUUCAACGAAUCGAAAGCUCUUGCUGAAACACACGCAGAGGCCGCUGAGAAGAUCAUGAUGAAGGUGACUGGCUCUCGUCGGCGUGAUGCCGCAUCAUCAUCGAUGGAGUCUGAUUUGAAUCUGAUUCGGCCAGGUGACAGCAGUGAGGGCUCUAGCAAGGUGAAAACAGCAGAUUCCACAGGAAAUCCAAGGUGGAAGCCAACUAUAAGUUCUGCCAAAACCGUUGAAGAUCCCGCACCGGAAGACUUACAGGUCCGUGACUCAUUGAUUUGGGAUACUGCCGACAACGCGAUCAUAGCCAAGAUCCGCGAGCUCCGGUUCAACCCAUUCCCAUCAGUGGUACCAUCUACGGCCGCAUCAAAAGCUGCUGAAUCUCCAGAAAUAGCCACCGUGGAUCCAUCUGCUGCAUCAAGUUCAGCCGGCUUGGCUGCACCAACAUCACACCCUCAAGGGCAUUUGCUUCUCAGUGGCCGCUUCAAAAGUGACCACAUUUUUACUGCCGACCAGAUCAUGGGCUACAUGAGGCUGGUGGGGGACCGGUUGGCGGUUCGUGGCGUGCCGACCUUCAUGGUUGAGGCAACGCCCGGCCAAAGUUUCGCCGAGCUAACGCGCAUGGCUCUGGGCCGUGCCAAAGGCAUGGUGGCUUUUUGUACAGCAGAAUACGGAGCGUACACUAGAACUGGAUAUGAUACGUUUCGUGAGCUGGAAUAUGCUCAUGACAAAGAGUUGCUUCUCAUUCCAAUUAGACUUUGUGAAGCGUGGCCGCCGGCGCCAACUGAUAAUGAAAGGGGGGCCUGGCAGAACAAACUAGUGUUCACAAAGGGUCUCGUGUACAUAGACGAUCAGCAGAUGAAGAACGCUGAAGGCGUCGCUGAUCAGAUUGCUGAUUCUGUCGCGGAAUUAGGACUCUUCUGAGAUUAGACCAAAAAGUAAAGAUUGACAAGCAGCGCUUGAAAAGCA